AGGUCGGCAGUCAUGUCUUUUGGCAAAGAGGAUGUUGACCGGAUGGUGGAACUAAUACAAGACUACAAGGACAACCUGACCUACCCUAGUGACACUAAUUUACAAGAAUGCAUGAAGAGGGUUAUCAGUAUGUGCCAGAGUGAGCUCUUCAAUGCUCUACUUGAUAUACACGAAUACCACAAAGACGUACUGUUGAACAGCGCCGCCCCCGCCCUCCUCAACAACACUCCUCACAUCAACAACAACAGCAGCGUCGCUUCAGAGAGACCUCAUCCGGGCCUUAACUUAUCUGCUGCUCCUCCCGAACAACCUACUUUCAGACCAGAAGUUAGUACACUUCCAAAGGCACCCCCAGCAGAUGACACUGUCACCGAAACCAUUCUCCUGGAAAAAGGACGAAACGGUCUAGGAUUCAGUAUCAGUGGUGGUUACGACACACCCCACUAUCCAAACGAUAACAAGAUCUACAUAACUAAGAUAAUACCAAACAGUGUCAGUGAUAUGGACGGAAGGCUCAAGGUCAAUGAUUGUCUACUGAAAGUAAUGGAUAAGGACCUAGAGAACGUGUCACAUGAUGAAGCUGUUGAUAUUCUCAAGAAUUCUCCACCAAGGGUGCUGUUAACAAUCGAGAGAAAGCAACAGACAGAGAAGUUGGUACCACGUGUUAUAGAAGUCUCCUUGAACAAGGGGGAAAAGGGACUGGGUAUCUCUAUUGCGGGAGGAAAGGGAAACCAACACAUUCCUGACAGUGACGGUAUUUACAUAACUAAGAUAAUUAGUGGUGGAGCUGCUGAUAAAGACGGAACUCUUCAAGUCGGUGAUAGAAUAUUAUUAGUAAAUAACGUAAAUAUAGAGGAAGUAACGCACGAUGACGCAGUUGAGGCACUCAAAGGAGCGGGAGAUAACGUGAUUCUUGUUAUAGCGCAGAACAUGCCUGAAGUAUACCCGGAAAGUGCAGUUGUAUCACCACAACUUACUCAUCCUUCAAGAGAAGCAAGACGUGUUACGUUAGAAAAAGGGCCCGAGGGUCUAGGGUUUAACAUAGUCGGUGGAGAAUACAGUGAAGGUAUUUAUGUAUCGUUUGUGCUGCCUGGAGGGGUGGCUGAUGUGAGUGGAAGUUUGAAGAUGGGAGAUCAGAUCCUUCAGGUAAACGACGAAGAUAUGACUGACGCUACGCACGAAACAGCAGCAAAUAAGCUGAAAGCUUCCGGAAGUCAAGUCGAUCUGAUGGUCAAAUACAACCCUGAAGGUUUUGCAAGGUUUGAGAAGCAGCUUGGUACGAUACAGAACGACUCAGCUUCCUCCCCCGCCAGUAUUGGAUCCGGGACAUUGAAAACGAAUAUGAAAAAGAGUCUGUACGUAAGAGCUUUGUUUGACUACGACAAAUCAAAAGACCCUGAUUUACCGGGACCGGGUCUCAGUUUUAGACACGGUGACAUUCUACACGUGAUAAACGCAAGUGAUGAUGAGUGGUGGCAGGCUAGAAGGGUUACAGCUGACGGUACGGAGGAGGGACGCGGAGUUAUUCCCAGCAAGAAGAGGGUGGAGAAGAAAGAGAGGUCUAGGAACAGAUCAGUUAAGUUCAGUUCAAGUUCAGAGGAAGCUAUGAUGAUGGGCAGUACUUCUGAGAGUUCUACUGACGCCGUGUAUACUUACGAACCUGUAGUUCAAACCUGGAUAAAGUACAUGAGGCCCGUGAUAAUCCUCGGACCGUUAAAAGACAGAGUAAACGACGAUCUUAUGGCGGAAUUUCCUGAUAAGUUCGGCAGCUGUGUUCCACAUACAACAAGAGAAAAGAGAGAGCACGAAGUCCACGGUAGAGAUUACUUUUUCGUUUCAUCUCGAGCUGAAAUGGAACGUGACAUACAAAACCAUCUUUUCAUUGAAGCUGGGCAGUUUAAUGAUAAUCUGUAUGGUACCAGUAUAGCCAGUGUGAGGGAUGUAUCAGACUUAGGUAAGAUGUGCAUACUCGAUGUCAGCGGGUACGCUAUAAAACGACUCAGACAAGCUCAACUCUUCCCAAUUGUAAUAUUCCUGCGACCGACUUCUCCUGAGGCCAUCAGCUGCAGGAACAGUCGCAUGAGUGAGGAGCAGGCUAAGAAGAACUACGAACGUGCGAUGAGACUUGAACACGAGUUCAAACAUUACUUCACAGCAUGCGUGAGCAUUGAGCCAGGGAGACCUUACGACAACAUCUACGGAGAAAUGAAGGAGAUAAUCAAACUUCAUUCGCAACCAGCCUGCUGGAUCACAAGUAAAGACAAAAUAUAGAGACACUGCCAGGGAGACCACGUGUCUUUCCGGGGUCACGUGCCAGAUCACGUGCUGUCUCCGGAGUCACGUGUCUCUAGUUCUCGUUAGUUGUAAUUUUUGGCUGCUCGCCAUGAUGAGAUUUUGCUGCUUUUAUGUUAUAAAUAGAAUAUGUAACCGAACAAUAUGAAGUGAACCUUUGUAUGCUGUUUCAGUUUGAAUAAUGUAAGCGAAAAAUGCUUUCCCGCUGGAAUUCGAGUUAGAAGGCCAAGGUUUUAACUGUCAGCCCAUUAAAUUAAAUCUUUUUAAAUUUUUGCGAUCAAUCGUAAGAUUUAAAAUAAAUUCUCUUAUCAUUACUAAACGCAAAAUUCUUUAUUAUUCAUCCGACCAUGCUUAAUCGUGAUCAAAAUGGGAUAUCAGUCAGAGGAUCCAAAUAACUUAACUUUUUAUGUUACAGGAAAUUUAAUGGUAUGAUUAUAUAUCGAUUUUAAUAGAAGUACUAUAAGUAAUUGAUUACAAAAGAAAAUAACUUAUAUAUUGUAUCAGCUCUAUCCUGGAUUAGCUUUAUACAAUUAUGCUUUUAUGCCUAGAUGUUUAUAAAAUAUAUGAUGAUUUCAUAUGAUAUAUUCCCAUCGCCUGGUAUAAUUUUAUGAUCAAUGUUUAUAAAUGUGUUUAUAACUCUAGCUCCGCUCAAUAUAAUAAACUAUUAUACAUACAUGCAACGCUUGUACGUUUAUACUGUUUAAUGGUAAUUUGUUAAUAUAAGAGUGAUAUGGAACUGAUUGAACCUGUCUUAUGUGUUCUAUAACAUUCACAGCUAGCCACAUAAGAACGCAAUACAUUAUAUUAAGUUCCUCCACGGGGCCUGCCACACAAAAGUGCGCGUCGCGCGGCCACUAUUUUACACGUGCUGCCGCGAUACGAGGCAGCUUGGUGAAGCACGUCGCUUAUCAGAUGGGUUCAAUAGGUUUCAUUUCUUUAUUAUUAACGGAUAUUGUAUUUCGUUAACAGUUCAGUUCAACUCGACUAUUCGGGUAUUAAAAAUGGGAACAUAUGUGUUCACCUAAUUGGUGGUCGAGUGUUUUAUUUGAAUAGGAUGGUAGGAUUAUACGCUGUUUACUAAAUGUUUGUUUAUUUAUUUGAAA